AAGAACAGGACACACACACACACACACACACACACACACACACACACACACUGAGAGAGAGAGAGAGAGAGAGAUCCAACCGGCUGUGUGUGUGUGUGUGUGUGUGUGUGUGUGUGUGUGUGUGUGUGUGUGUGUAUGAGAGAGAGAGAGAGAGAGAGAGAGUGUGUGUGAAUGUGUGUGUGUGUAAGAGUGGCUGAUGCUCAUGAGGCUCGCGCUGUAUGUUCUGGUGAAGAUGGGACACAUCAUUCCAGACUCGUGAGGUGUGAGUUCUUGGCUGUGUUUCUACUCAAGGCCCCCAUGGAGCCUGAUGUGAUACACAUGUACUCCUCCUCUCCACCCCCAAUGGAGGACAGCAUCGAAGAUGAUGAGGAUGAAUUCAGUGAUUUCACUGGUGUUCCGAACAGCGUCAGCUUUACUGAAUUUGACACGGCCACCACAUUCAACCAGUCUCAGGCUUUGAACGCCACCUCGCCACUGGAAUUAUUGAGUAAUGGUAAAAUUAUGGGAUUGACUCAACCUCCCGGGUCUACAAAGUCUAACGGCGUGACUCCUGGCUGUGGCCAGAGUAGCACGCCCAAUGGUCGAACAGUUAAUGUAGCAGAAUUGAAAAAGUUCAGGGAGCAUCAACAAGUUCAUAUCAACUCCCUUGAGUUUACAGAGAGCUCUCGGACUGAUAAUGACAACAUUGACUGCAAUGGUGCCGUUGAAGUGCUCACAAACGGGUUUGCGACGUUAGGAGGAGGAACCCUUCCUACACCCCACAAAAGAAAAGAAACUGAGAUCAUGGUAGACCACUGUCUUGAUGUUGAUGAUGAUUACGCAGAUUUCUCUACUUUCUCAAAUGCUGACCAUAACCAGACUUCCAAUGAAAAUACAAACUGGGAACAUUUGAUUCAAGGGUACAGACCAGCAGAGGAUGAUGUUAGUGAACACAAUGUUGAAGAACAAGCUAGUUUAGAAGAUGAUAGUAGGGACUCAAAAAUUACAGGGUUGGACUUAUCUGGAUUCCCUUCAGAGAACUCUGAAGGUCUCAGCAAUGGGGAUUGGGGUUUCCAUGAAGGGACCGUCUUAGAUCAAAGGGAUCUAGAAACCGAUAACGCACAUCAGGACUCCAAUACUUCUGAGGUGGUUAGCACAGCGCAACCACUUACUCUUAACGGGGUUGGUCAGAAAGAUAUUGAUGAGGGGGGCAUAGUGGACAACAGAGUGCCACCCAACUCUAAUGGGGAGAGAUGUAGGGGUGAACAGUCAGAUGAGAAAGGAUCCAGCAACGAGACAGAAACGGAGACGGAAACAGAGACCUCUUUUGGUCGGCCGCUAUCGACAGAUGCACUUGAAGAAUUUGGCGACUUCAGCACGACAGGAUCUGUACCUUCCCCGCCGCCUCAGGAGGAGACGGCAACUCCAACCGACCACAGCCAGCUUGCUGAGGACGACGACGAGGAUUUUGGAGAUUUUGGCGACUUUGGAGAUGCUAGCUCGUUAAAUGCAACUGGAUUUGCUGAUUUUGACCAGCAGGGGGCCACAACGCAAGUUGCUCAGCCUGAGUCGCACCCCAUUGCCCCUAAGGGCCCUGUGGAACCCGAAGAAGACGAAUUUGGUGAUUUUGACACAUCAAGAGACCCUAGUAAAACAGGGUUAGUGGGUGAGGAAGGAAUGACAUUUGCAGACUGCCCCAGCAGGGACAGUUUCGCAGAUUUCAGCUCCGCGCAUGUUGGUAAUGCCGAUGAUAAUGGAAGAUGGCAGGCCUUCUCGGAGCCGAAUCAGAUCCAGGAUGGAGGGGACUCCUGGGCAACAUUCGGGCAGGAAUAUGUCGCAGCAUGUACAGAAAAGACUGGAGAUGAUUGGCAUGAAAGCCAGCUGGUUCCAGCGCCCCCUACUGGCAGUGCAGAGGAGCGUAAAAGUUGCACAACGGCUGCACUGGUGUGCCGUUUGGAGAAGAUUUUCCAGGCCACUUUUCAGCUGGUAGUUGCUCCUCAGGAGGAGGAUGAGGUGCAUACGCUCAAUGCCUUCCUCAAACCUCCAGACAGAUCAGAACAGGAAGCGGGUAGCAGAGAGACAGCCAAUGGGGCACUGCAGGACGUUUGGCAACAGUUGCAGGACGUUAACAACGCCUACAGUCUCCGGUACCAGUGGGGCGGCUCUUAUACCAAUAAAGCACUGCUCUGCUCUUUGGGUAUCGAUACAAGAAAUAUAUUGUUCACAGGUCAUAAAAGACAGCCGUUAAUUGUACCAGUGUACGCUGCCAGUCUGGGGAUGCUGGAACCCACUAAAGAGCCAGUGAAGCCAGUCUCAGCAGUUGAGUUGAUCGCCUCAAUAGCACAAUCUCCUCCUUUUGCCACAGAGUUAAACACCUGUCCACCUGACACCACCCAGGAGUCUCUUCCUCCCGUUCAGUUUGACUGGAGCAGCAGUGGCCUUACAAACCCUCUGGACGCGAGUGGAGGCUCGUCUUUACUCAACCUCGAUUUUUUCGGCCCUGUGGAUGAGUCGCCUUCUGGCACCGCCACCUCCAUACCAGGCGUGGACCCUGAGCUGUACGAGCUGACCCAGGCUAAACUUGUUGUCAGCAGGAGCAGCAGUCGAGUCGUGGAUGCGUUCGCUCGCCUGAUGUUGACCGUAGAAAAGACCAGCACCUCCACCAGCAGAAAGCCUUUGCAGAAAGAGGAGAAUCUGAGUGAGGAGGCCCGGGGAGUGAUCACAGGACUGCCGGAUCUCUCCUUCAUGCAGGCCAAAGUCCUGAUGUUCCCCUCCAUGCUGACUCCUCUGCUCCCAUCAGCCUCACCCACGGCCGACUGACUCGUUCUUCUCCUCUGCUUCUCUUCUCUUUCUCAUUUUUUUCUCAGCACUUUGUUGUGUUUUUGUUUUUUAUGAAACACUGGUUUAAAAGUCCUUCAGUGGCACAAAUGAUGACAUUAAUGAUCUGAUCUGUAUUUAGAUGCAUAAUUAUAGCGACUUGAAACCAGACCGCCUGCAAAAUGGCGAUUUGAUUUUGGUUAUCAAAGGCCUUAGUUUUUAAUCAUUUUUGGCUACUUUUGCAUUACAGUCAAUAUUAUUACUGAUUUAAAACAUGCAUAAGUGAUCAUAGGGUAACAUUGCACACUGACAUGCCAUUUAUUCUUAGUUCAUUAACAACUAUAGAAACAGUAGCGUCGCUUGAGUAUUUAGCUGCUCAUAUAUUGUUAGUUCUUAUUUUUGCUUAUUUUUAAUGAAAGUUAACCACUGUAAUGUAGCGAAGGAUAAAUCAUUUAUUUGCAUAAAUGAUUAACUUGAAUAUAUAUAUAUAUAAAUUAAGAAUAAGGGACCAAUAGCUGCUGUAAUGUUUUAAACAUUUCCCUGUUAUCGAUGUGUUUCUGGUCUGCUUUAUUCUCAUGCUGUAUGUAUCUGUUUUAUUUGAUCUUAAUCGACUCUUUUGGAGGAUGUUUGCCAUUACAGCGUUCCUAUACACAAAGAAAAUAUUUAACCUGUUUUUAAGAUUUACGCAUUUCAAUUUCAUAACAAAGCUCCAUUGAAUUGAAUUGCGUUAUCUUUAACUCAGUUCAAUUUAUUCUUUUUUAAUUGAAUUUGGUUAAAAAUUAUGCAAUUCAGUUGGAUGGAAUUUUGUUAUAAAAUUGAAAAAUAGGCUCAAAUACAUUUUUUUAUGUAGAUUAGGAGUGCAUGAUUGGAAAUGUUCACCAGAAAUGUCUGUAAAGAGUUUCCCAUCUCUUUUGUUUUUUUUAGUUGUAUCACUGUUUAUUCCGUCUCCUGGAGGAUUUUGCACAUUGUAAAGAUAUAACAUAGUUAACUGUGGCUUCGGACUGUGUACAGUCAAACUAUGGAACAUGUAUAAAUUGUUAUGGGAAAAUUCCUAUGGAAAAAUCUAACGGAUGAAUGAUAUCUCUAAAGAGCCCUUUCCGAGGUCAAACAUGCAUGCCCGGUUUCUUUUGAAAAAACUUUAAGUGUGUAAAUUUUCUUUAAGUGUACACAAGAAAUUAAAAUAAUUUAAGAGAAUAUUUGCUUUUAUGUGAAAUAUUGUUUCACAACUUUCAUGUUUCUGGUUCAUUCGUUCUGUAGUCCAUAAAAAUAGCAAAUGAUGCUACCUAGAUAGCACACAAACAUGUCUGAGAUAUCUAUUUUAGAUCUUUUCAUUUGGAGAGCAUCAUCAUCUAAUUAACAUCUGUGAAACAUGUUAAAUAGAUCAGAUUUACAAAUAUUCUAAGUCAUAAAUGUCUCAAAGACAUCUGCUGAAUGCAUUAUUGACAUUUGAGACAUAAUUAUUGACAGGUACAGUUGUGGCCAAAAAUAUUGGCACCCUUGGUAAAUAUGAACAAAGAAGGCUGUGAAAAAUAUGUCUUUAUUGUUUAUCCUUUUGAUCUUUCAUUCAAAAUAUUCACAAAAAUUGAACCUUUAAUUGAAG